CAGGUCUUUUCUCCUUCUAAAAAACUCGAGUUUCACCGAGACGGAGUAGCCCUCCUCGGCGGCUAGGCUGGUGCGCGGCACAUCGAUCGCAGUCUGCUGCCCGCGCAGGCGCAGACUGGCGUACGGCACGCUGGUCCGUCAGACGGGACAUUCCCUCAACAGAAUGCACCGGGACGGAACGGCAAGGGAAAAGGUUGGGAAAGCGGAGCACCGUGUAUGCCACGGGAGUCGCUGCCCGUGCUUUAUUGCCGGAAUUCUCCGUGGUGGCAGUGGCAGUGGCAGAGACGUGCGCCACCACGCACGAACCCUUUUUUCCCUUUUCUUUUCCUGAUGAUAACGCUGUGCACUUAAUUGUGUGCACGGAAGCUUUUGGUCCAGAAACGCACAAGAUGGAGAUAGAGAUAGAGCGGCUGGUGGCGUACGGCGCUACUGCGACUAGAGCCGGCCGCACGACCAGCGGCCCUCCCGGUGCCACGCACGCCCGGCGAUCGCAGCGUGUGCGGCCGCCGCGUUGACAUCUCGACUGCGCGUUCCUCCUUCCGUGCGCAGCAGCCAGCAGCCGCUGCGUCGUCAUUUCCUGUAGCGGUAACGGCCUCGGUGGUGUACCGGCGGCGCGAACGAGACGCCCCCGACGCUCUGCCACCGCCGCUCACGGCGAGCCCGGCACGGCACGUCGACCGAGCCGAGCCCGCCCUGAUCGACGAAACAGGGGCGGGUCGGUGCGUGCCGAGUCCCCAGCCCCACCGAUCCGAUCGGCAAGUCCCGAGCAGGUUCGCUCCCCACAGACAUACCAGAUCCCGACGCCCCCACCACACCGCCCCACCCCCCCUCCCUGCCAAAACUCGCGCACCGCACCAGACGAGGCCGAAACGGGCGAAUUUUACCCGCCGGGCCGUGCCGGAGCGCGCCGCGAGCCCGCCAUGGCGGAGUGCCGCAGCCUCAUCGAGUUCCUGCGCGCCUUCGAGCACCACCGCAGGGCGGCCGACUCCUCAUGCGGCGCCCGAUCCAAGCGCCUGCCCCCCUCCUCCUCCGCCCCCUCCGGACGCACCCGCAACCUCACCGCGCUCUGCGACCACUCGCCGAUGGCCCUGGUGGACGCGCUCGUGCUGCUCGCCGUGCUCGCCGCGCUGGGCUUCCUCGUGGCCCCGCACGCCAGGCUCCUCCUCCUCGAGGCGCGCGCGCUGCUGCUCCACCCGGCGGCCUCCUGCGUCUCGGCCGCGCCGCUCGCGGGGGCCGCCGCGGCCGUGGCCGGCGCCGCGCUCGGCUGGGCGCUACUGGGCCAUCACGCGCGCAAGUGCGGCAAGCCGCGCUGCAGGGGCCUCAAGAAGGCCGUCGAGUUCGACAUCCAGCUCGAGACGGAGGAGUGCGUGCGCGGCCGCCCCACCCCCGCCGCGCGAUCGGCGCUGCUCGCCGCCGCGGGCGCGCGCCCCGUCGAUCUCGGCGACGCGCACCGCGAGCUCGAGGCCGAGCUCCGCAAGAUGGCGCCGCCCAAUGGCCGCACCGUGCUCAUCUUCCGCGCGCCCUGCGGAUGCCCCAAGGGCCGCAUGGAGGUCUGGGGCGCCAAGAAGGUGCGCCGGAUCAAGAAGUAGACAGACAAGAUGAAGGGUCAGAUAGUUCCUUCUUUACUAUAGUAAUAAACAGUAGCUGAAAUACAGGUUGCCUCCCUCCUUGGUAAUAAGUAUAGCGAGAGAGAAUAAAGAGAUCAUACAAAUAGUUAUAUCAAAGUAUCAGAUGAUAGACUAUAGAUCAUGUGUUGCCAUGCAGAUGAUGUUUGAACAUAAAUAUAUAUCGGUGCUUGUUCA